UGCUGCCCCCGGGGUCCCUCUCUGUAGUGCUGACCGGCUGCGGGCGCCUCCCCGGGGAAGGCUCCUGAGCGGGGAGCGGAGAGACUUCACAGCCCCCGAGCGGGCUGGGUGCUGCUCCGCGGACGGGGCUGGUGCGUGCGGAGCGCGGCAGGGCGCAGAGGAGCCUGACUGCUGCAGUCACGGCCGUUUGCACGCUCACCCGUGGCACGGUCCCCUGCCGGGGCGUGUGCGGGGGGCGCAGAAGCCCCAGCCGUGCUCCGUGUUGGGUUUCUCUGCGCUGUAGGGAAAUAUGCCGUUGUGGAUGUACGUGCACGUGUGUUUGGGCUGUGGUCCGUAGGUAGCGUGGACCACGCGUGCUGCUUGCAGAGAGGUACACGUGUGUGCAAUGGCCAGGGGACAACGCAGGCGUUUGUGCCGUGCUGGAGCUCGGCACACAGCGCGUGUAGCUUUUCUGGCUCUCCCUCAAUGUAUGGCUCUUCUGGAAAACCUUCCUGCUCUAUUAUCAUGGACAGCAGUAUUAUUAUUUGCAUCAGAUGUUAGGGGAUUGUGUAUUAGCAGAGCUUCAGCAUCUGUCCUCAAUCUCAACUGCUGCUUGGUCCUUUUACCAAUGUGCCGUGUUCUCUUGGCCUUCCUCCGAGGAUCUCAGAAGGUUGCCAGCAGGAAAACCAGAAGGCUGCUAGAUAAAAGUAAAACUUUUCAUGUGACAUGUGGUAUUACAAUAUGCAUCUUUUCAGUCUUACAUGUUGCUGCUCAUCUGGUGAAUGCUCUUAACUUCUCUGAGAACUACAGUGAAGACUUUCUGGCACUAAAUGUGGCAAACUAUCGUGGUGAGGACCCAAGGAAACUUCUUUUUGCUACUGUUCCAGGUCUGACUGGAGUCAUUAUGGUGUUAGUAUUAUUCCUAAUGUGUACGGCUUCUACAUAUGCCAUCAGGUUCUCAAACUAUGACAUCUUCUGGUACACACACAAUCUUUUCUUUGUCUUCUAUAUGCUGCUGCUGAUGCAUGUUUCUGGGGGAGUGCUCAAGUACCAGUCUAACUUAGAGGAACACCCUCCUGGUUGCUUUAAUCCUAACAAAACACUCCGAGAGAAUAUGACAGUGCCAAAGGCUUUUGAAGAGACGUUUCCUGCCUACACUACUGAGCCUUUCCCAGAGGACUUAUCAGUACCAGAACCCUUUGUACAAAAUAACUUUGUGAGAAUUUGUUCCGAGGAACCCAAGUUCCAGUCGCACUUCCCAGAGACAUGGUUUUGGAUUUCCGGACCUCUGUGCUUAUAUUGCGUAGAAAGGCUGUACCGCUACAUCCGCAGUAAUAAACCAGUCACAAUAACUUCAGUGAUAAGCCAUCCCUCCAAUGUCCUUGAAGUAAGGAUGAUGAAAGUCAACUUUAAAGCAAGGCCUGGGCAGUAUGUUAUUCUACACUGUCCAAGAGUGUCAGCACUAGAAAGCCAUCCAUUCACCCUUACAAUGUGCCCUACAGAUACCAAAGCAACGUUUGGGAUCCAUCUUAAAGUAGUAGGAGACUGGACAGAAAGAUUUCGGGAUUUACUGCUUCUACAUUCAAGUCAAGAUAAAGAGAUUCUGCCCAUCUUUCAGCAGAGGCGCUAUCCCAAAGGAGAAACUGAGGCACAGAACUGUGAUGCGAGUUACCAGCAUCACCCAGGAACAAGUGUCCUGGGGACGAGGCCAGAAAUAGAAACCAGGUCUUCUGCAGUCUUUUCACUCAGUGUUCUGUGCACUAGAUUGUAUGUGGAUGGACCUUUUGGAAGUCCCUUUGAGGAAUCCCUGAACUAUGAGGUCAGCCUCUGCGUGGCUGGAGGUAUUGGAGUUACACCAUUCGCAUCAGUACUCAACACACUGCUUGACGGCUGGAAAUGCUACAAACUCAGAAGACUCUACUUCAUUUGGGUGUGCAGGGACAUUGAAUCUUUCCGCUGGUUUGCAGAUUUGCUCUGUAUGUUGCAUAACAAGCUUUGGCAGGAGAAUCGACCAGACUAUAUAAACAUCCAGCUGUACCUCAGUCAAACAGAUGGAAUACAGAAAAUAAUUGGCAAAAAAUAUCAAGCCCUAAACUCAAGGCUUUUGAUUGGACGACCACGAUGGAAACUCCUUUUUGAUGAAAUUGCAAAGUGUAACAGGCGGAAAACCAUUGGAGUUUUCUGCUGUGGACCAAACAAAAUCUCUAAGAUACUCCAUAAACUGAGCAACAUCAGCAAUUCUUAUGGGACAAGGUUUGAAUAUAAUAAAGAAUCCUUCAGCUGAAAGUCUGUUGUACUAGCAAGACUCUCUAGAAGAUAAAAGUGCAAUUUUUUGUUUGUACAACUUAAAAGUUCAGCUGUGUUUUAAGCAGACAGAAAUGUACCAAAGAAUAGCACAGUUUUUCUUAUUUAUGAUUAUUUAAGUCUAUGGAAAAUGGUGGAUACAGCAGUAUACCAACAAAUGAUAACGGCUUAUGCUCAAAGCCAAACGCAUUCACGCAGUAUUUGUGGCAGUGGUGAUUCUUUGGAAAUGUUUCUGCUAAUUAAAAAAUUACAAAAGCUAGAGAGAGACACAGUUGCUUUAAAGCUGAUGGAAGAGCGAUCUAUGCAAUGUUUGAACUUCUUCCAUUUCAGUCCUCUGAAACUGGAUCAGUGAGCUAAACCCCAGAUUAGUCCGAAUGACAAACAAAGUGCAUUACAAAGACCCUGUGUUUUUGCUGGUGUACGAAUCAUACGGCUUUGGGAUGGAGACACUCCUUAUUAAAGAUUUUAAGCAUUGCAGAAUUGGGAUCCUGUGCGUAAAAUAUACAAUGUUAUUCUCUCUAGUCUGCUUCCAUAAUGGGUGUUAAUACUCCUAUUCUGAACGGAAGAGAGGUGGAGAUUUGUGAAAAGAUGAAAGUUAGCCUAUGGAAAAGCAAGCACAACCAUAUAGCACCUCUGGGCCAGACUCAGCCAUGAAGUAAAUCACAGCCUUUUGGCAAGCAAACAGCUGUGCAUGGAGAACUUUGUAUCUUGCAUUGAUUCAUCAUUCAGUGACUUUGCAAAAUAAAUAAAUAAAUGUGAUUUAUGCAGCCAGAAGGAUGAAGCAUGAAAAGUGAUUAGUAGGAGGAGGCAGGAUAUGAUGGUUUUUCUGUACCACACAACAGCAUAGAAAUUGUACUCACUUUGCACUCACACGCACUGAACUUCCAAAACUUUGUGACUGGACUACUUAGAUGCUCUUACUGGUUAAUUUAGAAUGCAGCAGGUUGACCAGAGUAUCUUCUGCUGACUGUGAUUUCUUAACUAUCUUCACUGGAGUCACACUUGUUUGCACUGAUGUCACUUAAAACAAGAUCAUGCCAAACAGGUCAUUUCCAUCACCAUGUACAGCAGGGUAGGAAUGAAGCAUUCAUUACUGUGGUUCUUUGCAUCACAUAUGCAGUUAGAAACUUUGCAGGAUCUGCAGUAUGGUUUCAAUAUGUCAGAAGAUCUCAGACAUUCAGAUUUAAGAUUUCCUUCCCUCCUCCUCCCCACAAUUGUUUUCCAGUCUGCUCAUAGUUUCCACGAAGGGCCAGAGGUGGAAUCAAACACUUAAAAACCUUUCAGUCCUGAGGAGCAAUAUUUUUUCCUCAAUCCCAUAGCCUACUUUCUUUAUUUCCUCUUUACCUCCUUGAUUUUCUUCCCUUUUUUUGCUCUGAGAAGAGGACAUUUAAGCAGGAGUCAGACCUUAGGUGGCAUAAAUAGGCAUCAUUCUGGUGCAUCUUAACAGAGCAAUGUUACUUUGCACUUGCUGAAAACCUGGAUCUUAAUCUUCAGCAGAAGCUUAGGAGCAGUACCCUAGAGUGCUUGCAGCAUACACAGAUGGCUCAGCUCCUCUCAUGCCUAUGGUUCACCUGUACUUCAACGUGGUGCAUUUGAUUCAGUUUAUAUCUUUCCAAUUAACACCUUUUUUAUUUCUCAUGAGCAAGACUUUAAUUUUCAGCUUGCAACUUCGGGUCUGUUAAGGGAUCUACAUGUAUCAGCGUUCAGAGGAAAGCAUUUUUCUAGUAGGUGGUUUAUUGGCAUGUUGCAUGUGUAACUAGUGAAAAUGAGUUUGGCCUUUGCCUUGGCAGCUUCUGCUCAGGAGCUGGCCCGAGUGGAAUAGCAGGAUGGAAGUGCAUCAGCAAGGCCAUGUGGGGGAAUGUUCCUUAGUGCUUGGACUUUACACUGAAGUUCUUGCCUCUGGCUCUGCUCAGCUGGAAAUUCACAGGGGAAGGAAGGAGCCAGAAAUGGUCAUGUUCCUGUCGACUAGAAUUCUCACAGUAGCCUAGAGGAGUUAGAAGCCAAAAUGUCACAGAAAUACAGUGUGAGAUGGGAGCCUACAUGGUAGCUACUUUUUUUUUCUUUUGAUGACAGAAGGAUCAUUAUUUUCAGGCUGAAUCUCCUUCAUCUGCUGCUGUAAAACUGGAGUAUGCAGAAGAGGAUCAGUCCCUUUUUAAUCAUUAGUGUUUGUUUCAAAUACUGCCUGCAAGGGUUUUAUAGUAAACGUAACACUGAUGGCAAAAUGCAUAGAUAUGAGAUAUUGCCUAUACUGCAAACUUUCUUGUUUCUUUGCAGUUAGCUUAAAACAUGAUUGAAAUCAAGACUGCAUCUAUUAACUGCAACAGUGAUCAUUUUCCUGUUGUUUUAGGAUCUAGUAUCUCAGGAUUUUUAAAUAUGGUUCAGAGUCCUCUAAUCACAAUGUUGUUCAUGGUUUCACAUCUCUCUGACACAUAUAGGUUCCAUUACCAUAUGAUGAGCAGCUAGUUUUGUACUUAGCUCUGUGCUAAAGCAGAUUAUAUUUUCUGGCUCAGCUCCUAUAAGGUAGUGCUUUAUAAUUAAUAAUAAUAACAAUAAUAAUAAUAAUAUGCUUUUAUUCCGAAUUCUAGGAGGAACUGACACUGUGUGUAGGAAUGCUAAAUGCCUGCUGUUACAUAAGGCAGUACUGGCAGAGAAAGAUGCAAGCAGAGCCACUGUCUCCUAUUUCUGACUGUCCUAUACCAACUUCAGCUGACCCUCUUGUAAAAUCUUGGCUUAGGACUGUCUACCUUUGGGUGUGUUGUGAGGCUUAAUUAAUGUUUCUGAAUCACUUUGGUGCAACUGCAAUGAAAAGGUCUGUGUAAUUGCUAUGCAAGUUUAUUUGUAUUUUAUUUUUUGUAAAGCUUUGGUUGCCUGAACCUUUCCGUUGCUUUUAUGCGUAAUUGCUAGACUGUGUGAGUGUGAACUGGUGGAAAGGCUAAAAGCUUGAAUUGCUUUUUUCCUUUUACUUGAUCUAUGCUUUUUAUAAGAGCAAAAAGUUUAGGGAUUAGUGAUUGGGACUUGACUUCAGGAGUGGCAAAUAUCAUUGGUAAACACAAUCCUUCUAGAGGCUGAUUGCCCUUAGCGCUUCUGAGCAUGUAACAAGCUGGCAAAACCAAGCAGAGCCCCCAUGUGCAACUCGCUAGCAUUUUUAUCUGUAGGCCAAGCAUACGUGAGAAUAAAACAGUGCCAGGCAAGUAAGUAAAGGCUGACAGCAUUUAAUUCCGCAUUUACAGAUCAACCAGGUUUACGUAACUGAAUGUCUCUUUAUGCUUUAAACUGAGCCCUGUAAGUGGGUCUAUCAUGAGUUCCCUGCUGGCAGGGGGAGGAUCUCACCGUGUAUUAUGCCACUGCUUGUUCAGAAAGCUACAGACCCGUCAGCAUUUUCUCAGCAGGAUCUUUGUGUCUUAUGCAUCAUAAAUGUUCCAGGACUUUUAUUUAAAACUGGAGUGAUUUCAUGCCAUGAUUGAAAGCAAACCUUUUCUCUGAAUGAGAGUCCAACCCUCUCAUACAGCACGCUGAGACUCGGGGCUUUACGCGGCUACAAUUGGAUUAAUCAGAUUUACCCAAGCAAUCCUGUUCCUAUAGCACUGUGAUCACUUACGUGAGUAAACGUUCACUGAGCAUGGGAAGGUCUGUCAAGGAAUGACCUUCAGCUCUGAAGUCUCCAGGCCAGUCCAUUCCUCCGCUACGAUUAUUCCAGUCCUGAGCUUGGAGCGGCGCUUCCCCUGUUAUGUCCAAGUUCAGCAUAUGCUACUCACAGCACCUAAGGUCUUCCAUGGUCAGAGGGUUGAGAAAUCACUAAUAUAACCUCGAAUCUGGGAUGGGGAGAGGAGAAAAUCUGUGUGUACCCCACCAAUUCAGUGCUGGUUGAUUGCACUGCUUAGCACACUGCUAGAAAGUUUAAAUCAAACCUGCCUUUCUGCAAAUUGCUGAUUGUUUUGCCACAGCAGACUAGAGAAUGGUUGCUGUGAAGAGGAAGAAGAUAAACCCUCUUUAUGUUUGAAGACUCCUGCCCACACAAGCCUGAUGUGACGAUGUGUAUGAAAGCACCACACACAUUCAGUUUCUACUAGAACUGUGGUGCAUACACACUGAGUCCCUAUGGUGGGCUUACUACCCCUGGAGUGAAUUCCCAUCAUUUUUCUUAGUUGCAGAUCUUCACUUAUCUUCUAAGCAAAUGUGCCAUGCAAGGGAGAGAAGUUCUAUGCUCAAGUGCAGGCAUACACGCUAUAGAAUAUACAGACAGAGCAACCUGUGAGCAAGCUUUGCAGCCAGUGCAAACACGUGCAGAAUUGUCCUUCUGGCUUCUAAUGCUCCUAACACAUAGGCAAGAAAGUAGUUUGGAGCUGGCUGAGAAGGGGUGGAUAAUACAAGUGUCAAACAGACCACUUUGGGAACAGUAAUUCAGCUGUAAAAGCCUAACAAAUCAGAGAAGUAAUGGUUUGCUAAGAGAUUUGUUUUUAGAACAGCAGCUUAAGAGAAAAGUCUCUACUCAACACUAACGCAUCAGGUUAUCAUUUCAAACUAUAAGACAUUGCUUAAAGAAGCUGGCAGGAGGUUCACUAGUCAUUGCCUGUAGUGACCCAAGCUCCUUCAGUAGAAGCAAAGACAUAGUUAUUAAAAUGCAAGGUUUACUUCUUUAAAAAAUAGCUUCUAGGGAGAUUAAUUUUCACUUCAGCCAGGCAAUCAUUUCAUAAACAUGCCAGUAUGAUUUAAGACAAGCUGGAUCCGUUCUUUGGAUUAUGCAUCUGAUUUGUCUGCAGAUUUCCCACCCCUCACAAAUAAAACCAAUUUUUAUUGUUUUAACAAAGAGGAUUUAACAACAAUAUUUAACCAAAAUGCCCCUGGUGCCCAUGCUGAACUGAGCUUUUCUAUAAUGAAUGUACAUUUAUCAGGGAUAUAUAGAAUAUAGCUGAGGACUCAGCUUUAACUGUGGUUUGGGGGUUUUGACUUGUCACUGCUGCUGAUGUAUUUAAGGCCACUGUGGUGAUGCACUGGUGAAACACAUGUAGCUGAAAUGAGACUCUUCAUUCCCAUUAUGAGCCUGCUCCUGUACUAAGCAUAGUAAAUCCCAGAAGCUCAGAUAUCUCCUUCAUAGGCACUGUAGAUUAGUUAGCCAACGUUGUUUAAGGCUGAACCCUGAGUCUUCUGCUAGACUGACUUGUAUAAUGAAUGCUCUUAUGCAAAAGUUUUGAGCAACAAACACUUUCUUCAAUGGCUGGAUGGGCAUUUGUAAAGAUUCAAUAUUCAACUAAUCAUAUCAUCCACCUUGUAACAGGGAUAGGGUCUGUUACAGUACGGAGGGAAGCUGGAGAGCAGUGCCCCAGGGUGCUGUGCAUUUCCUGGGAGGUUCUGAACAUCUUCAGCUCCCCAAACUUGCAGUGCAUGCGCUCAAGGUUUGCAGUGCCUGAAGCAUUGUGUUCUCCUGGGUAAUCACAUUUGUAAGAGACAACUGUCAGAGCUGUACUAGCAGCAGUGGAUUCAUCCCGUUAUUAUGGAGGUACAGCAGGGAAGUUCAAGAAAGCAACCCAUCCCAGUUGUAGAUUGCCUGUUAACAGACCCCUUGGAUUUCUGAGGGUGUCAGACCUUGAGGAAAACACUAGAAAAUAUUUUAAGUGCUGUCCCUACUUCUUCCUGGCAAAAUCUGCUCAUCCCAUAACCUGAAAUCUGUGUAUUCUCCCUAAUGAUCUGUACUAUUACACAAGGAGGGGAAAGCAAUGAGUAGCUCCUGAAGCUUCAGGUUAACUGUGCUGUCAACUGAGGAGAAAACCAGGAAAGGUGGGAGAAGAUGAUAAAUUCAACCAGUAGAAUAAAAUGAAAUAUUUAAAACCUGGGAACAAAGAUGAAGGAGGAAGACAUGCUUCCUGGCCCCUAAACUCUAGAAAAUAAAAGACCCAUUAUCAGGAUGUGGAUACAAAUUCUCCCUGGGGGUUGAGAACCAAUGUAUGCAAAGCAAAUGCCUUUCAAUGCACAAAUCAGAGCUAAAGCAUAGGGAAAAAAAAUAGUAUAUUUCAGUAAACACCUUGGAAAUAUGUCAUUUAUUUGAAAUAAAUCCACCAUUGACUCUUCCUAGUUUCCCUGUUUUAAAACCUCUAUUUCAUUUGUUUUGGGGAUGGCUUUACCUGUUAACUCCUUUUGCACCAAAAUAUUGGGGUAUACAGUUCUCUGUGCUAACUGUAAAUAGCUUCAACAAUUCAGUAAAUAAAUCAUGUGUUCAUUGCUGCUGACCCUAGGUAAGGACAGCCUUGGAGAUGAGAAGGAGUGUUACAUAAAUGUCUAGUGAACAUAGCAACACUGAGAAGAGAGAGGCUGCUGCAUUGCUUUUGGUGUACCAGUCACACAUUAAAAUUCUGUCAUUGCAAGGGCAUGCUGCUCGUCUCGUACUCUACAACCCUGGGGAAGAAAUUUGGAUGAGAGGUGGGGGAGGAGGCGUGAGAACUUCCUCAUUGUGCUGUGGCAAAGAAUAUAUUUAUUGACAGCAGGGCAUUUCUUUCAAAAGAGCAUGUCAUUUCUUUUUCAGUGAUGACAGAUUCUCUCUUGGUGCUGAGUAGUGGUGUUCGCAUGUUAGAAAUGUAGCAGAGUGGUAACAAGUUGCUUCUGAACUGAAUAAAUAAGACCUCUGAGCCUUUUCUGAGAGAAAUGCAAAAUAUCAGAGAGCAUGCCGAGUGGACUGUGUCCUGAGUUGCACUCGGUGCAGUCUGGUUAGGAAUGCUGCACAGGAAGCUCUGCAGGCUGCUGGGAAGAGGCAAGGUUUAGGGCAAAGAGAAAAACAACUGUUUUAAAGAGAAACACAGCAGCAAUACAUGAUCUGCAGGCAGAAACGAGCCAUGUCAUAACAUUUUCCAUCUUGUCUUUGGAUGGUGCUGAGUCAGAGAGUAUACUGAAAGGACACUUUGGCAUCAGGGAAAGUUGAGGGCUCUCAGACUAAGUCUGCAAUGCGAGAUGAAAGCAGAUUUAAACACAGCUGGUCAGUCACCUGUGUGCAAUUUCCAGUUUGGCGCUCAGACUGAAUCACCCUGUUGUACCUGAGGGUGAGUUGUGUCGACAAUGAGCUGGUCUGACUCUCCAGUGCAGUCUCAGCUGUGUCAUUAGCUGAGGGUAUGGGCAUACCCUUGGUUUUUCUGUGGCAUUGCAGAAACAAGUUCUUAGAGACUGGGAAGCAGGGUAUGUUACUAUACCUCAUUAGGGGUGAGAUGCUUGAAAGCAUGUAGUAUCCUGUUAAGCGCAACACACAGAACCGAUAAGUACGGUGAGUGCCAAGUUCCACCGGCAAAUAAAUAUUCUCUGCCCAUACUUGCACUAUUGUCACAAGGAAUAAAUGGCAAAACCCAUGCUGAGAAAACAUGAGUUUUUCCUUUAUUAUGACAGAACAAUUUGAAUUAACUGUUAAAAAUCUACCUGCUAAGAAUGUGAAGUGUCACCCAAUGUGUUAUUCUUUUUGAUUGCCUAAACAUGUGUUUAAUCUAUGGGAAAAAAAAUGUUAAUUAACAUAAUGCCCCCAAGCAGGGCUUAAAAAAUGUGGCUGAGAUUUGCAAAGGUUCUCCACCUGACGGCGAAGAGUCAUUGUCUAUUGGAGCUGGAUGCAUUGGUGUGGGAUGCACUGGUGAUUUCAUUAAUCUCAGUCUUAUCUACUCACACUCCAUGGAAGACUGGUGGGAGCUGAGCUUUUAGCUCCAUCUGUUUCUCUCUGUGUACCCCCAGUCUUCAUCUGGAAGUCUGCUUUGGCCUUUGGAUCACUGGAAAACAAGUGCCUUCUUAACAAAACCUGCACAUUUGGAGAUGGCAUGGAAGGGAAACAGCCUCAUCUGUGUGUCACAUUAUUUCCUGCUCUCACUCCCCGCUCUAAAUAGCACAUGUUAUGUCAAGAGGCUUCUCCCAUCCUCUGUUUCCCUUGACUCAGGAACAUGCCACUUUUGGAAAGGCAGAAAUAUUCAGUUUUAGUCAUAGCAUACACCAGCUUUUAUAUACUCUAAUUUAUACUCUACUUUUUAUAUAUUCUAAUAUACCUGGUCCAGCGAUGGUUUUCUAGUCUCUUUGAUCAUCUUUAGGCAAGUCAUGGGUUGCCAGGUCCAGGCCCUGGUGGGGCUUUUUAGAAUGGGAGGAGGGGCCCUGCCACAAGUGCAACUGUGUGUGAAAUGUGGAAGACUCACAAUAUCAAAGAUUAUGUCACCUUCUGCAUGAGAAUGAGGGAUCCACUUUUGUGAAACUCCAAUCCUUUGUGGUCAUCACCAAAAUUAAGUCAUGUUUCUACUCUCACACAGGCAUUUCAGGACAGCCCACAGUGAUGGAAAGGGUUACUUGUUUCAAUUACAUUCUCUAUUUCCAUGCAGCCCCUCAUUUAUCAACUGCAUAUAAAUUCCUCUUUCUGAUUAAAUAUUUCUUCGCCUGGUUUCUUUGCUUCAGGGAGCUUGAGAGCUCAUUGUUUAUAAAAAGAAAGAAGAAGGAUUGUGCUGUUAAGCAGACAACUCCCAACACAUAUGUUCUGCUCUGCAUCUUUGCGAAGGAGGCAUUGAUGCUGCUGUGAUUGUAGGAUGGCAGAGUUUUCACUGAGAUUCAGAUGCAACCAAGAGGCUCUUCCAGGAUGCAUGUGUUGGAAGCUCUGGGCUUAUUGAUUAGUUAUUGGGUUUUGUUUUUUUUUUUUUUUUUAACCCUGAAAUAAGAAGUCUUAGCUUGUCUAUGCCAGGUUGUGAAACCUUUAAUCCCACUGAGCUUUCCUGUCCCUGUGUUCCUUUCAAUCAAUUGCAAGAGCAAAUUUGAUGAAGUACAUUUGGGUAAGAAAUGGUUUCCUUGAUUGGUCUGUGCAAAUUUAGGAGAAAAGUCAUAAUAAUGAUAUUUUUUCCUCAACUGGAUUGAUAUCCAGAAAGAUUAAACGUAGACUGGACCAGCUAACAACAAUAUCAGUUCCAUUUUUUUCAAUUUAUAUGUUUUUACAUUUUUCAUAUGAGGAUAUUUUCAUUUCUGAGCAAAAGGUCAGUUUGAACAAAUCCCCCUCAUCUUUUUACUUAGAAAAUGUCAGCGUGUCCAAAACAUGUCUGCUUAUUAAAAAAAAUCCUUUGAAGAUGCUUAGAAGGGGCAAGUUUGUGGAAACCAGCACUUUCCAGAUUCAGUUCCAACAUCUUAUUAUUUUCUAAUGGAAAAAUGUUCUUUGGGAUGUUUUUUCUUUCCAACCUUCAUUAGUGAAAAAUACAUAACAAUACAAGCCUCCUAAUAACCUGCUAAGCCUCUAAGCUCAAGUUAUGGAGCAGUGAGUGCAUCAGCAAUCACUCUUUAAAUGGACUUGGGCUCAGGUGUGCCACAGGUGUCAUCUUGAGGGUUGAGAUGACAGUGUAGACCUACUCCCAAAGGUUUUUUGCUCUAAAAAGAAGACAUUCACUUGUCGAAGUUCAGAUUGUAUGUUAGGUUAUUCCAUAAUGGGGUGGUAAGGAUAUAGAGUUAGAAAUUAUCUUUAAAAAGAGGAAGGCAAAGGAUGCAUUUUUAUCUCACCUGGUUUGGGUAGAGUUAUUCUAUGUUCAUAAGCCAUGUGAGAGUUUGACAUGGUAAGUUUCCAAGAACUGAGCAUAUUUGUAUUAGCAUAAAUAUCCUCUCCCACUAGUGGAAGGUCUUCACUGAACUAGGGUGCUACAUGGAUGGACAAUAGCUAAUCAAAAUCCAGUUUGAGGGAGGAAGAUGUCCCCUAGAUAAAAUUGUUGCUAUCACUAAAAUUUGGAAAAAGGGAAUAAAUGCAGUUCUACUUCCCAUUUUUUCUCUUAGGAAGUAAACCUUGGAAGUAUUUAUUUCCAGUUAACAUGUCUAAUGUAAUAGAAAAGGUGAAUUCCCUGUCUUUUCUGUAGAUGCAGAUGGACUGUUACUAAUGACCACGUUCUUCCCUCACUAUUAUGCAUUCUUCCCAGUCCCAGAAUAAACAAUCAAUAAAAUUUGUCCUGAAUUUCCAAUUCUGUAAUUAUAUAAUUUUUCUACUAGAGAUGAAAUAAAAAUGAAGUCUUAAAAAGGGAGGUGGCAUUUACUUUUUUAUCUGUGUACAGUGUACAAGAUAACCAUUUUGCAAAGUCCUACCAUAAAUGUCCAUGCUUCUGAGUACUAAAUGUUCUUUUCAGAGAUGUCUGUUUACAUUAAUGCAAUUUCAAUCUGUUCUUAUGUUUUUAUAGAUCAGGAUGUGGUAUAUUUCUUUGAAAAGAAGUGACUGCUUAGUUUCCAAGUGGAACAGAAAGCAAAAUUUGGUCCUGAACUUCUUCUUCUUCUUCUUCUUCUUCUUCUUCUUCUUCUUCUUCUUCUUCUUCUUCUUCUUCUUCUUCUUCUUCUUCUUCUUCUUCUUCUUCUUUUUUUUUUAACCCAGGCUUGACUUUAGGAACAAGAAUAGUAUUUACUCAGUUCCUGCCCAUAACAAAUCAUUCUCUUGUCAUAUGAAAUAGCCCAUUUCAUAACUUCAGCUUGCUGAUCCCCAACAUGACAGAACAACUAUGUUUUGCGAUCUGGAAGGAAUAAAAUAGGUCACUACUAUAACUGUGUGCCUAAUAAAUCAUGAAAAAGUAAUCAAUAAACUCUUCAACUCUGCUUGUUUCCAUCAAAUGAAGCAAAGCUUUUACUAGUUAGCUGUAUAAUAAGACAGAUCUAGAAAACUGAUUGUUAAAAAGCUUUGUUUUUUCUACCUCUCUCCCUUUUUCCUGGGUCAUGUGUAGGAAUCUUUUUUGCCAUGGUGUCCCUUUCUUAAUUAUACAGCACUGUAAGGGUAGCUGCAAAGCACUGACUAAAGAAGGGAACAGGGAGGUAUUCUGAGCUCUAUCCCAUGGUUUUUCUGUUUCCCCACAAACCUCUGCUUAGGAUUUUCAAAGCAAUGCGAGAGAUUCAAGACAUUCACUGAGGUUUUUAUACCCAACCGCGUUAGGCUUCUUUCUAAAAAUCCCAUCUUCUGUUUGCACACAUGAUAAGAAGAGUUUUAUGUAUUUCCCUAGCAUCAUGAUAUAUUGUUUUCCAUGGUUCAUGGAUCCCUAAAUAUUCCUGCACUUCUAAUUUAUUUAGUUAAAUUGCAAGAUUCUGGUUGCAGUAGAGAAAGGAUGCUGCUUUCCCAAAAUACUAGAACAAAUCAGCCAUUUUAUCUUAAUGGCAAUCCUGACAAGUAAACUAUUCAGCUGCUUGGCUCUGUUGCUGUUCAGAUGUUAUUGUUGCAUUCUGUUGUGCUAGCAGGAUGCCCUAACUUGGGUUUGUGUCUUGUAUUGUGUUUGACAAAGCACCAUACAUUUGUUCCUUAUGUAAUUAUAGCGUUGUACUCUCAAGACAUUUACUUUACAGGAAGCUGCAUGACUUUGGAAUAAACAAGCAUUCCAAGACUGA